AGUAAAUACCACCGCUCACAUCUACAAGUCAAACUCGUCAAGAACAGUCCUUCAUAUCACCAUGUCCAACGAAAACCAACAGCCCAGCCUCGUCGCCUCACAUGCCAAUUUUAUCUCUGGCGCUGCUAAAGAGACCGUCGGUCAAGCUCUCGGCUCCACUGAGUGGAAGCAGUCAGGCACUGCGCAAAAGGAGCACGCUGUGCAGGACAUGAAGGCUGCUGGCGAGCAGCGCGAUCCUAACAAGGACGGAUGGGGCAAGGCUGAGGAGAUUGCUGGCAAGGCGGCUGGGUGUGAGGGCAUGGAGCAGGAGGGUGCGCAGAGUAAGAAGUGAAUUGUAGUCUCAUAGGUCAUGUACGAUAUGACGAAUGAUGAUGUUGCGAU